AUGCUGCGCCAUAGCAGGCGAUGGUUCCUGUCACUUCUGCUAUCCUGGUCCUCGUUCCGGCUCGGUCGAGCCGCGACUUGUGACGAGCAGUACAGGGUCGUCGCGGGUGACAGCUGCCACGGCAUCGCAGACAAUCUCGUCAUCCCGUUUUCGCAGCUCAAGGCCCUCAACGAGAAUCCGCACUGCAAAACCCUCCAGCCCGGUCAGCUGCUCUGCGUCUGGGGAGACGCCUACCAGUGCCACAACAUCUACAUCGUCGGUCAGGGCGACUAUUGCGAUGCCAUCGCCUCGGCAGCCGGCCUGACCCUCGCGCAGCUGCAGGCAUACAAUCCCGACGUGAGCUGCGACAGUCUCAGCGUUGGUUCGGUCUUCUGCCUCUCGGAUCCCUACAACCCGCCCCUGCAGCAACCCAGCGACCCGAACUGCUCCCGCUACUACACGGUCGCGUCCGGCGACAGCUGCCACGGUAUUGCAGACAAGCUUCACAUGCCGUUUUCGCAGCUCAAGGCGCUCAACGAGAACCCGCAUUGCUUGAACCUCCAGCCGGGCCAGCAGCUCUGCGUGACCGGAUCAGCGUACGAGUGCGCGUGGUCGUACCGCUACACUGUUCAGCUGGGCGAUUCAUGCUCGCAGAUUGCCGCCGACCACUCAAUCAGCCUCGCCAACCUCGAGCUGUACAACCCGGACACGUCGUGCUCUUCACUGUCCGUGGGCUCGGUCAUCUGCGUUGGCAACCCCUACGGCCAGCCCACGCCGAUUGAGCCCCCGGAGACGAUGCCCGAAAACUGCAAGGAGAGCUACACGGUCAAGACUGGCGACUACUGCUACCAGAUCGCAACCGACCAUGGCCUAUCGGUCGAUGAGUUGCAAGCGCUGAACCCGACACUCGACUGCGCGCUCCUGGCCAUCGGGGCCCAGGUGUGCGUCGUGCCGUCCGUCAAACCGCCAUCCAGCACCGACUGCAUUACCUACGACACCGUAAAGCUAGGCGACUCCUGUAACGCCAUUGCUCAAAGGAACCAGAUCACCGAUUUCUACCUCCUGAAGCUGAACCCAGACGUGGGUCAAGACUGUGCCGAGCUGACGGCGGGCGAGGGCAUCUGCGUCGACUCGUCGCUCAACGUUUGCGGAUCCACUACGGCCGUUGCCGAGGGCGAAGGGUGCUACGACAUUGCUGGACGCACCAACAUCACCCUCGAGGCGUUCCUCGACCUCAACCCCGGCGUCAGCUCCGACUGCGGCAACCUGCAGCCGGAGGAGGUGGUCUGCGUCGCGGCUCGUUUGAGCUACCCUUCACUCUACAACUACACGUGCAGCCGCACUUACACCGUGCAGCCGGGCGAUACUUGCAACAAGAUUGCCGCCAAGCUCGGCCUCGCCUCAGCCCAGCUGGCGGGCCUCAACCCGCACGUCUCGUGCUCGAACCUGAUCGCGGGCGAUCCCCUCUGCGCCUACUCUCCGCAAACCAACGUCUGCCCGCAGCUGAGAUACGUCGUCUCGGAUGACUCCUGCUACAAUCUCGCCACCAACGCAUCAAUGAGCCUCGUUCAGUGGCAGUCGAUCAACACCUACAACGGCAUCGGCGUCGACUGCACCAUCCUCCCCGUCAACGACAUCGUCUGCAUGGCGCCUGGGAACGCGACCCUGCCAGAGCAGCCGACCGGCCAGAACGAAGUCCGGCUGCCCCUGUGCUCGACGUGCAACUUCAACUCGCACUGCUGCUCCCAGUACAGCAUGUGCGCACCGCUGGCGUCAAGCCUGUGCUCCCGCGACGGCGGAUGCCAAGCCAACUGCCAAGAGGAUCCGGGCGUGAUCAUCCCGCAGAACCCUGACGCCUUUCCGUCCAACGAUCUGCCGACCAACUUUACCGGCGGCUCGUUCGCGAACACGACGGUGCCACGUUGCGCGUCGUACGAGUGCCUCUACCGCUCCACCGAGACCGACGCCGGCUCCUGCAUGAAUCAGACGACGUACUGGUGUCAGAGCGGAACCGAGGGAUGCGUCUCGAACUGUCUUGAUCCAUCUCAGCACAGCACCGUCAACCUCGUUCACUACUUCCCGGUGCCGACCUUUGCCCCGCCUUCAGGCAACUUUGAUCAGUGGGACGGCAACCCAUGCCAAGACUCGUGCGGUGCCUCGCAGAGCUGCACGUUCGAGCUGCGCUGCGUCGACCUAGACCCCGACACGGAUGAGUGCUACACAUCCUUUGGGUGUCUGUACAACUGUUAUGACGUGCACUGGUAUACCGAGGAUGAACAGUAUGAGGCCCAGCUUAACGGAACGUCGCUUCCACCCUCGAUCACGACAAAAAUUCUGGUUCCCUCUUCCACGCUCUACACUGCAACUGCCUCGCCGACUUUGCUCAAAAGGAGGAAAGAGUCUCGUCGGCUGUGA